GCACAUCAGAUCCACUUCUGUUUUUCUUUUUUUUUUCAUCGAUUUUUGGCUCGUAGCCUCCUCCUGCCCGCGCGCUAUAAAAGCGCAGCGCGCGCUGGAGCCGGGAGACGCAGCGGGGACCGGGAGCGCAGUGGACACUGACACUUUCACUCACUCACAGCUCCUUUACGCACAUGUGGAGGAUACUGCCCGCUGAAAAGAGCUGCUCGAGGCCACACCAACAGCAAGAUCCCCAAGAUUUCUUCUCUGCGUAAAACCGAGGAGAGGCUCGCUGCUGCGCCGCACCAUGAAAUUACUCUUAUCGCUCGCAGUGCUUUGCUUUGCUUUCCUCGCUUUAUCUCAAGUUUUUGGUGAGGAAUUGGGUCCAAAAGACGACCUCGAUUACUGGACGAAUGGCAACCAGAUACAGGACGAGUGGCUUCAGUCUGAUCCCUUCAGAGAGAUCCUCAGACGGAUGACGAGAAAACCUCGACCACAUCAGUUCAUCGGCCUAAUGGGGAAGCGCUCCUCCGCAGCGAAUGCACAGAUUACAAGGAAAAGGCAUAAAAUUAACUCUUUUGUGGGUUUAAUGGGGAAAAGAAGCCAGGAGGAACCAGAAUCGUACGAAUGGGCCACGCUACAGAACUACGAGGCAAGGCGUUAACACACAAAGCAACCUCCAUCGUGUCCGCUUCUGAUGCUCUUCAUGCUCAACAGAGUGGAGAAAUCUCAUCUCAUGCCUUUUUUUUAUUAAAAAACACACUUAUUUAGGUUGUUUCAGUUCUAAAGUCCAAUAAAAAAUGCUCUGUUUUCACCUCGUGGUGGUGUAGCAGUACCUGUGCCAAUUUACGUUUGUAGUAAGAAGGGAACAGACAUUUUUACACUGUCCAACUGUGAUCAAACAUGUUACUUAAUGUUAAAGUCUUAUACGACAACUGGACUAUUAAAGCGGAGCUCUACUGUGGGGUUUAUGAGAAACUUGCACUGCCAAUCUCUCUGCAUAGUGCCUCAUGUUCGAAAUCACGACUGAUUGUUCUGUAAAUACACUUUCAUAUAGCCAGAUAUGGGCAUGUGCUCAACCUGACACCCUAACAUCUCCUGUCAGUACGAUAAUCAAUGUGACUGUGGCUUAAACAUUAAAAUUAUUUUCCUUAUUGGUGACAUUUUUGAUUCUAUAUUUUAUUAUUGAUCCAAUAAACAUUAUCUAACCUG